AUGGAACCUAACAAUCAUGAGAAUGAUGGGGGUGAGUGUGAUUGGAAGCCUAGAGUUCGCAUGAUGUUUGAUACAGAACAAGAAGCAUAUGAUUUCUAUAAUACUUAUGGAGGAAGGUUGGGUUUUAGUAGUAGAAGGGGUUAUGUAAACAAGAGCAAAGAGGGGCAAAUCACUUCAAGGCAAUUUGUUUGUAAUAAGGAGGGAUUUCGGGUUGUCGACAAGCGAGAUCCAUUAAUAAAAAAUCCUAGGCAGGAAGUGAGGACUGGUUGUCAAGCCCGACUUGUCAUUAAGUGGGAUAGGAAUAUGCAGAAAUUUUUUGUUAUUGAUUUUGUUGAACAACAUAAUCAUAUCUUUGUACCAACAAAAUGUACGCAUAUGUUACCAUCCCAAAGGAAGAUAUCUGCAUCACAGGCAACCGAAAUAGAUUUAGCCGAAAAAUCUGGAAUCCGUCUUAAUGCUACAUUUGAGCUCAUGGGUAAUAAAGUUGGUGGAAGGGAGUCACUUGGGUUCACAAAACUGGACCAAAACAAUUAUUUGAAAACGAAGAGGCAAAACAGUUUAGCAUAUGGGGAGGCAGAUAACGAGGAGCAGAUUACAAACAUAUUUUGGGCCGAUGCUCAGAUGAUCAUGGAUUAUGGGCAAUUUGGUGAUGUUGUGACUUUCGACACUACUUACAAGUUAAAUAGUGCACAUAGACCAUUUGCGUCUUUUGUUGGAUUUAACCAUCAUAGGGAAACUGUGAUAUUUGGUGCAGCUUUGAUGUAUGAUGAGACCGCCGAUUCUUUUGAUGCUGCAAUGGCUAAGGCCAUACCUAUUGUCAUGCCUAACACAACCCACCGCCUUUGCACUUGGCAUUUGAUGCAAAAUGCAUUAAGGCAUGCAAAUUCUAUCUUCAAGGAUAAGGCGGUGAAGGAUAAGGGGAUGAAGAGUAUUUUAUCUAAGUUUAUGUACGACAUUGAGGAUGAGGAAGAGUUUACGUUAAAAUGGAAGGAAAUGCUUGACAAGUAUGAAGUAAGAGAUAAUCAUUGGUUAAAGUUAACAUUUGGGGUGAAGGAAAAAUGGGGUUGGCCAUAUGUUAGAAAUGCAUGGGGUGCGGGCAUGAGUAGCACCCAAUCCUUUGAUGCUUUCUUAAAGGAUUUCAUUUAG